AUGUGCAGAUCGACACAGUACGCACAUCUCGCGUACGACAUGCGAGGAUCGCUUAGAACAGUGGCGUCACUAGGGUUGGUGUCACCCGGUGCGGUAACUCAUGGUGUCACCCCUCUCAUGACACCCCAUAGACAUACAGCAUUCUUAGCAAAAUUUAUAAAUACGAACAAAGAGAAGGAGAGUAACCAUGAGCGUAGUUGUGUAAUGCCAAACAUAUCCGGUGAGCAGAUUAAGAACAGAAGCAACGAGAAAGACACCUUCGAACAUUUCCUCAUCCAGGCGGCGAGUAAGGUAGUCGCAGUUGUAAUUGAAUACACCACCAAUGAGAAAAAGUUUGUCACCAUGUACGUGGGAGGUGUGCGAGAACCUAUUGAAGCAUCAAUUUUGAAUAUUGCAUCGAUCAUUUAA